UGUAAAGUACACCCACCUCCAAGCAACUAUAACUCACACAAUCGGCCUUUCACUAUUUAUACAGCUUCACGAUUCUUCGAACAAAUCCAAUGUCGAAAGCACUACUAAUCACCGGCGCUACUGGCAAGCAAGGCGGAUCAGUCAUCAACGCCUUGCUCAAAGCAAAUGCCGAUUUAGAGAUCCUCGCACUCACCCGAGACGCACAAUCUGCAUCUGCACAAAAGCUUCAAUCCAGAUCGCCAAAGAUUAAGCUUAUAACUGGCGAUCUCGACGCUGUGGACGACGUCUUCCAGAAAGCCAAACAAGCUUCCAAGCUCCCAAUCUGGGGUGUCUUCAGUGUACAAUGGCUUCACAAGGUGGCAAUUGGGAACGGAGCAAGCCCGCAAACAGAAGAAAGGCAGGGUAAAGCCUUGAUCGAUGCAUCCAUCAAGAACGGCGUCAAGCACUUCGUCUAUUCCUCUGUCGACCGCGGCGGCCCCCGCUCAGAUAACGAUGCAACACCCGUCCCGCAUUUCGCCAGUAAACACCGGAUUGAGCAGUAUCUUUUCAGUAAAGUCACAGAGUCGAAUAGCGAGAUGGCCUGGACGAUCCUGCGCCCCGUUGCAUUCUUCGAGAAUCUGGUCCCCGGCUUCCUGGGGAAGGUGUUUUCGACAAGUUGGGAGAUGACCCUAAAGAAAGAGCAGACGCUGCAGCUCGUCGCAAUAAGUGACAUUGGAUUCUUCGCCGCCGAGGCCUUUGCAAAGCCUGAUGAAUACAAAGGCCGGAAGAUCUCACUCGCAGGUGACGAACUCACGUACACGCAAUUCAAGACCAUCUUUGCGGAGAAGACGGGCCAGAGCCUGCCAACUACCUUCAGGUUCCUUGCAGGUGCUAUCAAUACAAUGAUCAAGGAUCUGGGGUAUAUGUUUAAAUGGUUCAGAGAUGUGGGUUUUGGUGUCGAUAUCCCUGUGUUGAAACAGAUGAACCCUGAGUUGAAGGACUUUGCGACGUGGUUGGAGACUGAGAGUCAAUUUGAGACGCGCUGA